AUGAUGUCGACUCUUGCAAGCAGAAGGUCCUAUGCAGAUUCCGUCAUGUCCAGCAGUCUUCAAAUGACAAAUGAUAUUGAUUCUCCUGGAGUGUCUGCCAGUUCGAGUGGAGAUACGGUCAACUCCACAAUCGACACCUUGCCACGAACCCCCCAGGGACUCAGAGGUAGAAAGUCAGCUGCGACAAUUCGACGGGAACUGGGACUACAAAGACGACAAUUGGAUUGCCUCCCCCCAGUCUCGAGAAACUAUGAAACUACGAAUGGUGACAAGUUUUCUGCCUCCCACCCGAUGCUACCUCCAAUGCUACCAUCAACCUCUAUUACAUCUCCGCAAGUGUCGACAUCUUCCUUUUAUACCCAUUCUAGUAAUUCUGCAGCAGAAGAUGUGGCACGAUCUCCUAGCUUGAUAGCUGGACAAGCCAGAACGGCAGUCGGAGCUCUACUAGCAAACUCACAGCAUUCCUUUCAUGGAACAGAUAGCUCGAUCCUCUCUUCAGCCUCCGCUCUACAAUCAAGGAACUGGGCGGAUCAUCAAGGUUCUGGGAUGAGCAAGGGAAUCAACGACGUCAACAGCGAGUAUGAAUCGAUGGCUAGUCAGCGCAUAUUGCCUACGCGCCAUCGAUUGGAUGAAGAAAGUUUUUCCCAUGCUUCGCCGUCCUCGGACUACCAUCGAAAUACAGCUGCGAACAUACUUGUUGCAUCGAAUCUCGAAACAAGCUUUUCAAGGAGUUUCGCCGUCGAUAAUUUCGAACAUCACGUUCCAAAGUCAAUGAACACUAUGGAGGGCAAUGAUUUUUUCGUGAGAAAUGCAGCGUCGACGCAAGACUUGAAUGUUAGCGGUAUGAGCCAGUCGACAAAAGAUAUUGAAAGCCUUGUUGGCCAUGGGCUCGACGAAGAGAUUCUCUCCCAUUGCGAGGACAUGAUUGGAUCGGAUCGACAAGACUUCAAUUCACUUGGUUUCAGCAGAGCGCAAGGCCAGCGGUUUGACAGGGACGAUUUGCUCUUUUCGACAAUCGAAAGACUACAAGAUAAUGUUUCUCUGGUUAAGGAGAUUAUGGGGGCUUCUUCACAAGGAGGGAGAGGAGGGAGUCUUUCGCUCCUCACAAACUCAAUGCCUUGCGUUGAAAGCUUUUUCGCUGGAUUUUCUCAACGCAAUCGUGACGCAAUCUGUUCCAUCAUUGAAAACAUCAUUCAAGACAGGCCAUCCACAUUUCAACGCAUUUCACAACACAAAGACGAUUUUGAGCAAGCUCUGCGGUUCAUCAGCGCCCUCGUCCGAAUUUCCGUUCCAGCUUCGGAAAAGAGGAUGACCGUCCUUAAAUCUUCUUCAAGUGGUCUCAGACAGGAAGGACAGUGGCGCUGCAUGGCUGGAUUUCGAGCUUCAAUAGGUUUUGUGGAAGAACCCAAAAGUCCAGACACAAUACGGGGGGGAGAUACAUCAUUGUUUUCCCUACCCUCUGAAACCGCUACUGCAACAACUCCGCACACAUCCAAUGUGAGUGUGACAACUACAAUUACGUCAGCGUUCAGCCCGGAUAAGCCUGAAGGUAUUCAAAAGAACAACCUUCGCCAAACACUGGAAACGGUUGUAACGCUUUUUGAGAGACUUGCAAAAUGCUGCAACAAGUUGACGGGUGAGACAUUUGCUAGCUCCAAUAUUGCAGUUAUGGCUGCUGAAGAAAUCACAAGAAUCUACCUGCAAGUUCACACAAUAUCCAUAGACAACCUUGAAGCCUUGGUUGAUUCUUUUGAACUUGAUAUUCCAUCGCAGUUGCAAAUUCAACGAUCACGAACAGAAAAGUUGGAACUACCCCUAAACCUACCUUCUACCAUCUCCCAUCAGGAACCAAGCGCUUUGAAUCAUGCAACAAACGCUGCACCACAAACAGCCGCUCAAGGGAAAUCUAUUGAAUCACGAGAUGAUCAAGGGUAUCAUCAAAAUACUCUUCCCCAAACCCUAGACACUUGCAAUGGUGAUACAAUUACAAGAGAAAGCGAAGCUAUACCGGUACCAGAUAGGCUUGACGAACAGCGGGAUGCCCCUCCUUCUUCUGUCGUUGCGGCGCCGACUGGCACUCGUGGUAUCGAUAGGAAGAAAGUACGACGGACAAGACUUUGGAGACGUCGAUUGGUGCCAAAAAGGAGAACAGCAGAAUGA